AUGCGUCUAUCCCUAGCGAGAAGCGCCGCACCAGCAAGGGCUAGGGGGGCAAGGGAGCUGGGGGGGCCAGUUGGGGCAGUGGAGGUGGUGGUGGAGGCAGUGGAGGGGGUGGGGGUGGUGGUGGGAGUGGUGGUGGGGGUGGAGGUGGCGGUGGCAGCAGUGGAGGCGGAGGAGGCGGCGGUGGUGGCGGAGGGAGCGGAGGCGGCGGCGGUGGCGGAGGAGGCGGAGGUGGCGGAGGCGGCGGAGGUGGCGGUGGAGCUGGUCGCGGCUCUGCACAGAGGAGUGGCUCCGGUGCGGGGUGGGGGUACUGGUCCCUGCACCUACGUCCUUCAUACAGACGACCGCGCUGGUGAGCAGUACGGAGGCGCACACUCCUCCCAGCACUGCUUCAGCCGCCUGAUGGACGCUUGGCGUCAUCAGUUCCCUGGCUCCCCAGAGAUCCCUCGCUGGGGAGAGCUCUCUAGGGCGGGGGUUGCCAUCUUUGAUAUUGACUAUGAUGCUAUUCUUGCUGCCAUGUAUGCUGUGACUGUUAGUGAUGAAGGUGACUGUUACCUGUGUGUUCCGCCUGACCUGGGCAUUGAGGCUGCUGCUCUAGGUGCUAGUGAGGCUGCUUCUCCAGGUGCUAGUGCGUCUGCUGCCCCAGGUGCUGGUGAGUCUGCUCUCUCAGGUACUACGUCGGCUCAGGCCUUGCACACCUUCACCCUUGACUCGGGUGCUUCCCGCUCCUUCUUUCGAGACUGCACCAUGCUUACGCCGCUUAGUCGGCCGGUUGCGGUCUCCCUGGCGGACCCCUUUGGGGGUCUUGUCCUUGCUAGCUUCUCCACUGCCUUACCGUGUCCGGCAGCCCCCUCUGGCACUCUGUCAAGUCUCUUCCUCCCCUCGUUCUCUACGAACUUGGUAGCUGCGUCGGGUCAGGUGUUUACUGCAGCGUCCAGGUCUGUUCCUGAGUCUGCGCCCUGCUCGUGUCGUCUCCUGUCCCACCAGACUCUCCUCUGGCACCACCGCCUUGGUCACCCCUCCCUGCCUCGUCUCCAAGGCAUGGCCUCCCGUGUCCUUGUCUCUGGUCUCCCCCGGUCCCUCCCUCCCCUACCUCCGGGGCCGGCCCCUACCUGCGUCCCCUGCGUCGAGGGGCGGCAGCGCGCCGCUCCUCACUCCUCCGAGUUUCCUCCGACAGAGGCUCCUCUGCAGACUCUUCACAUGGACGUGUGGGGCCCCGCCCGCCGCCGCAUUGGCAUGGUCAUGGACGUCGCUCGUACGUCCAUGAUCCAUGCGGCUGCUCCCCAUUUUCUGUGGCCGUUUGCGGUUCAGUAUGCGGCGCAUCAGCUCAGCCUUCAGCCCCGGGUCUCCUUGCCAGAGACCUCCCCCACCUUGCGGUGGACGGGGAAGGUUGGCGAUGCGUCUGCGUUUCGGGUCUGGGGAUCUCAGGCGUUUGUCUGCGACUUGUCUUCGGACAAGCUGUCCCCUCGUGCUAUUCCCUGCGUCUUCCGUGGCUUCCCCUCUAACGCGCCUGGUUGGCGGUUCUACCACCCCACCUCGCGCCGUGUUCUAUCCUCUCAAGACGUCACCUUUGACAAGUCGGUGCCUUACUACCGUCUCUUCCCCUACCGCACUGCGCCCCCCCCCCCCCGCCGCUCUUCCUUGCGCCAGGUCCUCCCCCGGUAG